AUGGCGGCGCUGGCGCGGGACCUGUGUCCCCGCUCCGUGUCCCCCCGUGGCCAGCGAUGCUACACGGCGCCCGACACGCAGGACGGCGAGGUGGCCAAGGCGCAGCGCGCCGCCGGCGACCACGCGCCCACCAUCUUCAGCAAGAUCCUGGCGCGCACCGUGCCCGCCACCGUGCUCUACGAGGAUGAGAAGUGCAUGGCCUUCCGCGACGUGGCCCCGCAGGCGCCCGUGCACUUCCUCGUCAUCCCCAAGCAGCCCAUUCCCCGCGUGAGCCGCGUGGGCCCCGAGGACACCGAGCUCCUGGGGCACCUGCUGGUGGUGGCGAGCCGCACGGCGCGCGCCGAGGGCCUGCACGACGGCUACCGCGUGGUCAUCAACGACGGCAAGCACGGCGCCCAGUCCGUCUACCACCUGCACCUGCACGUGCUGGGCGGGCGGCAGAUGGGCUGGCCGCCCGGCUGAGCGGCGCCCUCGCCGCGCGCCACUCAAGCGACGCCGA